CCUUGAGUUUAAAAAAGAACCUCUUUGUCCUUUAAAGUGUCUUGAGAAAGUACACAGCUUCCUGUUUCACCUUCGCCGAGCCUCGGAAUGUUACAGGAAAUUUCUCAUCUCUCUACCAUGUUGGGUGGCAUCCUGUCCUGGUAGCGAAAACACACUUUACAGGGAACUUAUAAAGACGAAUGUGCAGACGGCAAUGGAGGGUGUGUCCAGACAUGUGAAAACGCAGCCGGAACCUUCCACUGCGCAUGUCACGACGGUUACGUCAUAGAUGACGACGGCAUCUCCUGCAAUGACGUGAAUGAAUGUCGCGUGGUAAACGGAGGCUGUGAAGACCGAUGUACCAACGCCGUGGGUUCCUUCAUGUGCAGCUGCUCACACGUGGGCUUUGUUCUCGCAGAUGACGGAUUUUCUUGUAGGGAGUGUAACCACACCCAGUACUUUGACCGCGACUCCUCCUCCUGCCAAGAUUGUCCGGCCUACGCGCAUGCGCGAGAUGGCCUGGCUUUGUCCGUUGAAGACUGUCUGUGUGACGACGGUUUCCAUGGCGACCCGAAAAGAACCGUUGCCUGUCAGGACAUCAACGAGUGUAACACGGGGCGACUGUGUGAGCAGGUCUGCAUCAACCUCCCCGGCUCCUUCCGUUGUGACUGCGAGCCAGGGUACUCCAAGUCAGGCAAACACUGCGACGCAUGUCCCAAGGGAACUUACCGAGGAAAAAAGGACUCCGUUUUGUCCUGCCAGAGUUGUCCCUCUGGAAUGACGACCAACGAGGAAGCCACGAAGUCGUUGCUGGAUUGUUUCUGUGACCCUGGUUACCAAGGUAACCCAGAGACGAGAGACAAGUGCAGAGACGUGAACGAAUGCGCCAGGAACAACGGUGGGUGUGAGCACAUCUGUGUGAACAAAGAGGGCUCCUUCCACUGCGCGUGCAGAGAGGGGCACGUGCUGGAUCCCGACGGGCGCACGUGUGUGCCCACUCACUGUCCAUUGAUCAAGGCACCCAGAUUCUCACGCUUUACCACCAGAGAGUGUAAUCUCAUGAAUAAGGGCGUGCACGUGAGCGUGGGCACAACCUGCACGUACAGGUGUCGAGAGAAGCUCGUGGUUCAAGGGUCAAAGUUCAGGGUGUGCCAGGCCAACUAUACGUGGAGCGGGGAGGAUCCAUCAUGCAUUGCCGCCAAAGUGUGUCAGGAAAAAAUGAAAUAAAGUGUCAGCUUUAUAUUUUUUAUGUAUGUUUUUAUAGGCAGGAAGAAGUACAAAAUAAAGUGUCAGUUUUACCUUUUUGAUAAAUGCAGGAAGAAGUAAAGUCAAAUUGAAGAAGUACAAAAUAAAGUGUCAGUUUUACCUUUUUGAUAAAUGCAGGAAAAAGUAAAGUCAAAUUGAAGAAGUACAAAAUAAAGUGUCAGCGUUACCUUUUUUGAUACGGUAACUCUAUUUAUAGCCAGGAAGAAGUCAAUGAUGUCAAGUGUUAGGUUGAUCUUUAUGAUUACUAUUUUCACACGACAAGUACCAAUGACUUCCUUAUUAUGUCAGGAAGUACAUGUUAUAGAAUGAAAUGUAAGAUUUACCAUUUUAAUAAAUGUUUUAUACGUGUAGCUUAAAACAGCAAAGGCUAAAAUGUGUCUGGAAGAAGUAAAAUAAAGUGUCAGAUUUACCUUUUUGAUAACUGUUUUUUAUACUGUUUUAUACAUGUAGCUUACAGCAACGAACGCCAAGGUGUAUCAGGAAGAGUUUUCUUUUAAUUUUUUUUGGUUUCUUAAGUGGAUUCAGACUCACAUCAAUGUUUAGUGCUGAUUUGUAUAGAAGCAAGAACGUUCUAUUUUGAGCUUUACAACAUGUCAAGCUUUUCCGAAUCCAAUUCUUUGAAUAUCUAAAUAACGACUCUGAAUAAUCUUACGAUUUUGAUAGAGCAGAUAGAACAUUAAAAUUGGUUUUUUGACCUCGGAGUUAUGGCUUUUGAUUUUGAGGAAAUCCACUCAAAACGACCAAUGUGUCAGAUAGAACAUUAUAAAUCUAAGGUAGCGUGGUGUUAGUGAUAAAUUUCACGAGAAAAUGGACACCUCAGAUUGAGGACUUCGAAAGCUGUAGUGUCCUUGGAAACUAUAUAUUUACAAUUUGUGUGUGACUUUGAUCAAUCUUCAUCAGUAAAAUCCAUGCAAGAAUGUGUUUAAAAGUGGAUAUAAAUUACUUUGAGCCCAACAUUUUCAACGAAAAAAUCAAUUAAAAUUUCCAAAUAAACAAAAA